CUUUCACAAAAGAGAAUAUCAAACCGUAUUUUAAUCCUGAAGGCAUGAGUCGCGUAUGACGAUGUCGUGUCGAUGAUCUAUAAAAACCUAGCUCAUUUUGCACCAGCUAUCUCCGUCUGCUCUCUCUGCUGAGUGAGGGUUGUAUAGUUGAAGCGGAAGGAGAAGACGGAGCCAUGGCAAAUGGAGUGGAACUAGAUAAAUCCUUGCAGUCCAUACGCUACAACCGCGGUUCGCUUUGGUUGCUGGAUCAGAGAAAGCUUCCGCUUGAGACGGUUUAUUUGGAUAUCAAAGAUUCCAAAGACGGAUGGGUUGCGAUAAAGGAAAUGGUUGUUCGUGGUGCUCCAGCAAUUGCCAUCGCCGCUGCUCUCUCCUUGGCUGUAGAAGUUUCUAAUUUAGGGGUAUUUAGUGGGACACCUAAUGAUGCAGCAUCAUUUAUUAGCAAUAAAUUUGACUAUCUUGUUUCAAGCCGGCCAACAGCUGUCAAUCUUUCAGAUGCUGCAACCAAACUUAAGGAAGUCGUACAAAAGGCUGCAGCCACUGCUUCUGAAGCAGAGACAGUCUUGCAGGCUUACAUUGAAGCUGCUGAAGUCAUGCUUGAAGAUGACGUUGCUUCCAAUAAGGCCAUUGGAAAUUAUGGAGCUACUUUAAUUCAGAAGCAGCAGAAAGAUCCCAAGAGCAUUUCUGUGUUGACUCAUUGCAACACCGGCAGUCUAGCUACGGCUGGAUAUGGAACUGCUCUAGGCGUGAUUCGUGCUCUUCAUGAGAAAGGAGUCCUAGAAAGGGCUUACUGUACAGAAACACGACCAUUCAAUCAAGGUUCAAGACUCACAGCAUUUGAGUUGGUACAUGACAAUAUUCCUGCAACUCUAAUUGCUGAUUCUGCUGCAGCAGCCCUUAUGAAAGAUGGGCGAGUGAAUGCCGUGAUUGUUGGAGCUGAUCGUGUGGCAGCUAACGGUGACACUGCCAAUAAGAUAGGAACUUACAGCCUCGCCCUGUCAGCGAUGCAUCACGGUAUUCCAUUUUAUGUGGCUGCUCCUCUCACAUCCAUUGAUUUGUCCCUUUCUUCUGGUCAAGAGAUUGUUAUAGAAGAAAGAUCUGCUAAAGAACUACUGAAUUCCCGUGGAGGACUGGGAGAGCAAGUUGCUGCUUCUGGAAUUUCUGUUUGGAAUCCUGCCUUUGACGUUACGCCAGCUACUGUCAUCAGUGGUAUUAUUACAGAAAAGGGUGUCAUCACAAAAGACGAAACUGGCUCAUUCGACAUCAAAAGUUUUGCACAAGAAGUUGCAACCUAUCCAUGACAAAAAAGCGUGCAAUUUACAUAGAUUGCUGACGCAUUCCUAAAUAGAAACAGAAUCACUAUAUAUUGUGAGAGUUGUAUCAAAUAGGCAUCAGGGAAUUCUUAUUUCAAGUGUCCUAUUUUGAGCAAAGAUGUUGCAGCUUGCAGUGUCUUUCAUUUGUUUAAAACAAUAAAUCACAUAACUUAUAUCACAAUUAAUCAGCACAACUUAAUUAGAAGCAGCGGGGUAAUCCCUGUAUUGCAUUGCCUU